AUGGCGCCUCGGAGACCAGUUGAACGGAAACCUUCGCUUGCAAAGCGCUCUCAAAUAAGGCACUCUGGUUAUGGAAGAAGUGCAGUUGGAGCCAGCACUUCGAACCCAAGGUCGAGCGCUUCGAAUAGAGAGACAAAUGAAGAUAGAAUCGGAAACGUUUCUGAGGCGAAUUCGUCAACAACUACGAUUGCUUCCACAAUCAAAGCGCUUUCUUUGAAGUCAACGCGCUCGAAAGCGUCCACAGUCGUUUCAUUUGGAUCUUCCUCAGUCUCUGGUACUACAAUCGAAGGAUCUCCUGGGCCAACCCGGGAGGAAAAGGCAGCGAGAAAAAAAGCAGUGAAAGCAGCGCGGAAGGAAAACAAAAAUGCCGAUCCAAAUUUCGCGUACCUUCCUAAAGGUUUGAACAACAAGAUCCGGAAUAAAGAUCCCUUGAAGGCCAAAAUCAGGAGGUUGUUCAAACCUAAAAAGAAAAAUAUCCAAAAACCGAUUGAUCGAAGUCAACCAGUCGCGACUCCGAAACUUCGUUUUAGAAGUGAGCAGCCCACGCCAGCGCCAGAAAGGUACGUUCCACCGAUCGCGCCGGCAAGGAAGCUAGAUGGUAAAGUAGAGCUGGACAAGACGGGGGCAUGCUUGGGCGGCGAGUUCCAAGUCCUCGCAAUGACUCAGGAGGAACGUGACAAGCACGUCGAACAGGCACAACUCCAGCAUGAGCUUAGAAAGGCAACCGAACAGAGACUACGAAUGGAAGGGAGAGAACAGGUGAAUGAUCCAAAGAUUGGCCGAGCACCCCCAGUAGCCUGUCGAGCGCUCAUUGAGCCUACGCUUUCAAGGCCAUCGAAGAGGAGUGGACCUGAAUUGAUGCCCAUUGGCGUUAAUAAAACACCCAAUGUGGAAAUUCUACCAGCGCAACAGGCGCAAUUGUACAUGCAGAACAAUAAUUUCGGGAAAUUUACGCAGAAUCCCCAUCAAUUGAACUAUAGCGCCCAUACUUCAUUGGAGAAUUUGGCUGGGCAAACUACACCGUGCUCAUCAACAGAGGUCCUGCCGUACAAACCUCGUCACCGAAGUAAUCUCAGUUCGUCUGAAAGGCCACAUCGAAAGCAAUCGGUGACAUUCAAUGAUUCCGUUACACAAUUUACCAUUCCGGAAACAGAUUAUGAUACGUCAGACAUUACAGAAACAGCCAGCGACAAAACUAUUCGCAAUAUCGCCUUGACUGGAACUGUUGCUGAUCACAAUCGAGUAUUAGAACCACAAGUUGAUUCAACAAAAACAUGGCGUCCGGCUGGAAUUAACUCGGGGGAAAGAUCCAAAAGAUCGGGUAUUCAUAUUGAAGAUGAGCUCCAAGCGUUUCUUCUUGUAGGUUUGAGAGAGGAAGAAAGUCCAGACAUCAAAGAGAAAGAUGUUGCAUCGCAAGGCAAUUUUACCCUCUCACAGAGAGAUGGUACCCGGGCAACCGAAAGCUAUAGGAACAUUGCGCAAGUCCAUUCUGGCAUUUCAAAAACAUUGGACGACACAUCCAAAGCUUUCAGUGAAGAUAGUGUAAAGAACGAAAGCCUGUGUGUUCCAGAUUCGCGUGUUCACAAUUUCCUUAAACACGCUAGCUCAACUCCCGAAUUUCGCCCUGCCUCUUAUGAUAAAAUCACAAAUUUGCUACUUGCUUCGGAUACGCCGGCGCCGCCGAUUCCCACAAAGUCACCAUUGAGAAAAUUAUCUCAGCCAAAUUUGCUUCCUGCCAUUAAUACGUUAAAUGCGUCAAAUUCACACAAUUUCAUUGCACACAAUCAAUCACUACUUGCCAAAUAUCGCACUGAUUUAGAGCAACGUACAGAGGCGCAUGAGGAGAAGAUGGAGUUCUUGAGGAAGAAAAAACAAGAGCAUCGCAACAAAUAUGGUGAUCUCAAAAAUCAGGAUGAUCUUGGCGAAUCCACUGCGAAGCCACAGUCCAAGUUAAGAUCCAGAAUCUCUAACCUGUUCAAAUCUUUAGAAAAGUCAGCAGGAGCAGCAGAGGAGGAAGGAAUUCUUGAUAACGUUGUCACAUCAUUUGAGGAUCCAGGUGAAGAUUGGGUUUACGAUCCUUUGGGUUUAAUUGCCGGUGAACACAUUGCUCCUCUUGAUUAUUAUCGUGGUGGGUACAACACAUCAGGUUUCAAUCACACGUUAAGGGAGGAACCAGAAGAACAAGAGAAUCAUAUUGAUACCGGUACUGGUGCAUUGUCAAUUACUCCUGAUCAGGUUACGCCACAGGAGGAGCACAACCCCAAUCCUGUAACAAGCACAAGCGGCGGCUAUACUUCGGGUUCGAGGUCUGAGAGUGAGGAUACACCAAAAGACGACGGUGAAAAGUCAACCUCAAAACCAUACCACAAGGCUCUUACCCCCUUGCAAAAGAUCGAUUACAAUUACAACUAUACUGAACCCACACCUGAAUUUCUUGCUACCGAGUCUGACGAGGCUGCGGAAAAGCGAAGGCAGAGGGAAAUUGAAGCAUCGGUGCGAGCCAACAAAGCAGUCUUGUUAGCACAUGACGCCGUACUACGAGAUUUUGAUAACUCUCCACUUGUAGCUGGAUUCCAUAGAACAAGAAAACCCAGCAGCGGAAGUAGUUCAGCAGACGACGCAGCAAACGGUGCAAAUACUUCUUCUCACGUGACUGCAAACGCACCGCCGCUUACUCGAGAAGAACGUGGCUCAAAUCUACCCAAACCUCAAGGAAAAGGAUUCACAGCUUCGGAAAGUGCGAGGAAGUCUAAAUUCCAAGAAAGACCAAAUUAUUUGCUUUCUAGCGGUUACUCUAGUGCUAUCCCAACUCAAGGACCGGAGUAUUCACUUCCGACAGCGAGAACUUUACAACAACCCCCACCAACUUCUACCACUCCCUCUUUACGAAACAAUCAUCUCGGUAGUGCUUCGAAAUUGCGCGAGUCUCGAAGUUCAUUUGGGUUUAAGUGUCAGAAUUCAUCUAUACGCAGUCUUCAGAUUUCAAAAACUGCAGAAACUCAGAAAUCUAGUGAAUCUGCCCGACGCCCAAGCGAACAAUUCACUACCCCUCGACAAGCUGAGUCUAUACUAAAUCGUCAUUCACGACGUGUUUCGUCGGCCUCUUCUAUUAGCAAACAAUAUUUCAGGGAAGAAUCCGACAAGUGGAUCAAUUCUGAUACGCUCGCUGAAAACGCUGCUGAAGAUAGUGAUCUGGAGGAUAGUUAUCGUGCUUAUUUCCGAAGCUCAAGCUCCGAGAAAUUUUCUCAGAAUAUACCUAUUGAUCGAGAUUCAACAUUGACAGACGACGCUCAAGUUGCUGCUAAUCUCGAGCGGGCACAAGCACGCAGAGAAGAGCGAAGGAAAGCUCGUGAAGUUCUCCAAGAAUCUCUAGCUCAUUCAAAUCAAUCUGAAGAGGAUCAGAAGAGGGGGGCAGAGAAGGAAGCAGAAAAGCAAGCCAGGUUUGAACGCUCGCUUACGCUUCGUCGACCAGAUCAUAAUCCAGUCGGGACCGCUCGUCUUAGAUACUUGCUCUUGAGUGGUAGAGAUCGAAACAGUCUUGAAGAGCAAGAAUUUGCAACCCUUUGCGCGACACGCUAUCCAGACGGUAAUCUUCGUCAAGAAUCGAGAUCAGAAGAACUUCAAGCUGCAGAGCCUGAACUCUCUACUUCGUGUACAUCACUUAAUCGUCGUCCUGACUAUAAUCCAGGCAUUACCACUUCUAAUCUCUCAACAGUCGGUACUGUUAGACAACUGCAAGCUCCUACUUCAAUCAAUCCUGUCAAGAAAUCGCACACUCUCGUUGCACCUGAUUCUGUCGAACACGAUAAGUUGCGCGUGGAUAGACUUCAAAGCGAUCGCAACAUCUCCACCGGCUCUCCAGUUUCUAGAGGCGCCAGUAACUUUGGCUUCAAUUCGCCUCUUAACGCUCAUCAACAAGAUUCGGCGGCUCCAACAACUCAGGUGGCGUAUCACUCCCAGAUAUCUCAAUACAAAAAAAUUCAGAGAGAGCUUCAAACACCGUCUACUUCAUCACAAAGUUAUAGAACUCAAUCACCUCUUUCUGGGUUGAGACCCCUGCAGAACCGGUUGCGAGAUAAGUCAUCCACCGCCAAAGAAUCGCUUAUAAGCUCGCGUCCUCGACAGAUUCCCUCCUCUUCCUGUCAAAUAACUCCUACACCACGCGAUUUGCCAAAGACAUCAGUCGUAAGCAAACAAUCAACUUUCAUCCCACUUAAUAGCUCCCAAAGGACUGCAGACAGACAAGGAAACUCUUCUGCAUCUCGUCUUCCAGUUCCAGGAACAAAAGUUGCACCUGGAAGUCCAAAUAUACCUCUUUCGCAGCUUUCUUUUUUAGACGUUAGCCUCGUAGCUUUAGGAGCCCAUUUUGCCGAAAUGGACAAGCUCCAAGUCAGAAACUCCGAACCAGUUUCGGUCAAGACAAAAGCUAUUGAGGAUGCACGGCUCAUGCAAGCUUCUGUUAUCGAAGCAGCAACUAAAGUAGGAAAGAAACCACCAAAAUAUGCGUUGAUAGAAUUAAUCGGAAAGGGAAGUUUUGGACGUGUUUAUAAAGGAAAGGACAUGGUAUCGGCUGCUAUUGUGGCCGUGAAGAUCAUCGACAUCGAGGAGAGCGAUACGAUCAACCCAAAGAACGCCAAUUCCUAUGCCGAGUUCUUGAAAGAGAUUACCGCUCUAAAGACUUUGAGUGAAAACAAAGCUCGGAAUAUUAAUCAUGUCAUCGAAGCGUUACCAGUUGGACAAGCCAUGUGGAUGAUAACAGAAUACUGUGGUGGAGGAAGUGUUGCUACUCUUAUGAAGCCAACUGCUCCUGGAGGCUUACAAGAAAAAUGGAUCAUACCGAUACUCCGCGAGGUCGCCGAGGCUAUCAAAUGGGUACACGAGGCUGGCAUCAUACAUCGAGAUAUCAAGUGCGCCAAUGUUCUUAUUACUGAAGAAGGUGCAGUUCAACUUUGCGACUUUGGUGUUGCUGGAACCAUGGAAACAAAGGUUGAUAAGAGAUCUACCGUCAUUGGCACACCACAUUGGAUGGCGCCAGAGUUAUUUGACGCUGUCCCCAGCUAUGGUAAAGAAGUUGAUAUAUGGGCUUUCGGUUGUAUGGCGUAUGAGAUCGCCACUGGUCUUCCGCCUAACGCCAUGAGUCGACUUCCAUUCGAUCGACUUGGCUCUCUGAUAAAACAGCAUGCUCCACGACUUGAAGGGGGAGAUUAUUCUGACGAACUAAGAGACCUUGUUGCCUUCUGCUUGGAAGAAUUCCCAAGUGAACGCCCUUCCAUUGACCGAGUCCAGAAUCAUCAUUACAUUCUUAAUACUAGUUCAAAAUAUCCAAUGUCCUCACUUUCUCAUCUCGUCAGGGCAUUUAAGUUGUGGGAAGAUCAUGGGGGAAGCAGAAAAUCUCUAUUCAUGUUAGGUGGAGCGCAAGCACCAUCAGAGUUUUCAUCCACAGCAUUGUCCGAUGAUGAGUGGAAUUUUAGUACAACUGCUGCGUUCGAACAAGAAGUUAGACGCAAAUCAACUGCACAAGAUGUUUACGACGUGUAUGGAUCAGGUGUUGAAUUUGAUGCUGGCUUCCCUCAAGAGACUGCCCGUCCACCACCUCAAAAAGGGCGACGCCGUCCCCCACCAGAGACCCUAGCACCAUCUCGUGGCCCCUUAGAAAAGAUCUUUGAUCCAAACACGCUAUCAAGCUACGAGGAUAAUGUUCGCAAUCAUUAUGGCCGGCCAUACCUUCCACCAACUUCAGAUUUACCACCUGUUCCAUCUCGUUCCGAUUUACCUUUACGUGAUGACACAGCGCAAACAUCUAUAAGGGAUACUAUGAUUGAUCUUGGAGGGCAUGAUGCCGAAACAGGUAUAUCUGUAUUCCCGGAUAUGGAUACUAUCAAAGCUGGAAGACAUGGUCGAGAGGAGCCCGAUGAAGACUAUAUGACCACCUUACCCGAUUUCAGCCGACCAGCACUUAGUGAUCCAGCCGAUAUAAAUCCGAAUCGACGUACACGAGAAUGGAAAUUCCCGGCAAUGGUACCGCCUGCGUCGGCAGAUCCAGAAGUAUCUAGGUUUCCCCCUUCAUUUCAAGAAGUUCCAAAGCCAGCAUUCACUCCAGGCAUCGGUGGCCGUCCUGGUUUGGUUCAUCAUCCAACCGAGCCUCUAGGUGGAUUCGGUGGCGGACUUCCACCUGCAGAAAUCCACACUGGAAUGCCUCGUUUAUCCUUCCGCGAAUCUCUCAUCGAUCUAGAUAUGAGUAUGCCGGAUCCAGUACCAGCUUUCAAUCCAGACUUUGGUCGACCAUCAACGGCAGAUUCUGAUGCUAUUUCCAUUCUAAGCGAUUCUGGACAAGCUUUAACGUCUUCUACGGUCAAUCCGUUUGAACUCGAACGUCAUGCUUCACUUUAUCAACCUACAUCUCAUUCCCGUGAACCUUCUCUUUAUACCCCCUCUCACUCCCGUGAACCCUCCCUAUUUGUGCCUUCCCACGACCGCGAGCCUUCUCUUUACGCUCCAUCUCACGAGCGUGAGCCUUCUCUUUACGCUCCAUCUCAUGAGCGCGAGCCUUCUAUCUACGCCACAUCUCACGAACGCGAACCUUCCAUCUAUGUUACAGAAGAAAUGGGAGCAUUCCCAACUUCUGCUACGCCUUCUGGUCCGGAAAGUACAUCACGUCCACUUCGCGCGGAUCGUCCACCUCGUCUUCGCACUGGUAAUGCUCUUCGUGACAUUGCUGAUAUAUCAGACUUUUCGGAUUCAGCUGCUGAGAGUACUAUGGGCUACAAUACAGAUGCCAAUGAUACAGACUCAGACUACGCAACCGCUUCGAUCCAACCACCUCCCACGUCUGCUCCUUCACACGAUCCAAAUGCUCCAUAUACCAUGGCACAUUUCCCAAAUCUGCCCAAUGCUCCUUCGGUUCGUGCCUUGACAGGCGAAGCAGCACAUGAAGAGAUGGCUUUCGAGAUGUCAAGAAUGUUACGUGGUUUAACUGGCCAACUUGAGGCUUUUCGCGAUGUUUAUGGUUCUGAAGAUCUGGCUCGGAGAUCUAAUCAGAGACGUGAGCGACGAGAUCAUGGGGAGAAUGGCGUUUAG